CCUCAACAGCUCUCACUCUGCUGUUGCUUCAUUCUCAUCAGACACACAUGGACAUCCCACAUCGACCAUUCACUUCAGCCAAGGAUACAGCUGCACCACAGGCUUAUGUCACCGGAUGGUAGAAGUAUUAUCCUCAGCAUUUUAUGGGAAUUUGUGUAAAAAAGAGCCACAGAAAAUAGAGUAGUUUAAACCAACAGCUGCAUGAGGAGCUCAUCAGUUUGGGAAAGAUGUCAUCUCCACUUUCCAACAACAAAGAUCAGCCACGCAUUAGAAAGAUGCUCUCUGAUUCUUCUCCAGCUUCGACUACUGCCCUCACAAAGAGCCUCAGGCAUGAGAGACUGUCUAGGUUGAACUCGUCAGGUUCCUCCGACGUCUCCAAUGACACAACCACGAACAACGCUGAGUUGUACUUCUUACGAAGGGAAAACAGACUGUCGGCAAGGAGAAAAGCAGAAGAAGAGACAGCAAGCAAUGACUAUAAAAAGAUGUAUGAAAAAGCACUGGCCACCAAUCAAAGGCUGAAGUCCAGACUGGAAACCAGUAAACAGGAACUCGCUGUGAUUCAGGACCAGCUGCAAAGAGCACAGAAGGGAAGACCAGGCACUUGUGAGUCCAACCAGCUAGAGACAGAAAAAAAGGAAAGCUGGGCCCUUAAAAAGAGGAUAUCAGACGUAGAAGAACAAUUGAAGGUUAAAGCAGAACUGAAGAUGGAGAAUCAGAGACUGAAGGAUGAAAAUGGAGCUUUAAUCAGAGUCAUCACCAAACUGUCAAAAUGAGACUAGAAGCACAAAUAAUAAAGCUUUUUAUAAUAUAAGUAAAAUAUAAGAUAUUGUUGUUGAUGCUGUGAUGAAUACUAUGAUGAUGACUUCUGCUCCUGCAGAGGAAUGUAUACAUUUUAUAUGUGAAAACAUAUAGGAGCUUAUUGUCCUAUGAGUAAAGUCAUGAUGCAUUCAGAGUCAGUAAAUGACUUAAAUCCUAUCUAAUUGUAACUAGCUUGUUUUUUUAAUAACUAAGUUUACGUUGAUAAUUUGUGUGUAACUUUUUAUUGCAGUAUACAUCUAUAAACACUGUGUAUAAUUGGAAGGACUACUUAUAGUCUUAGAAGUAUUGCCAUGGAAACUGCAAAUUUUGUCCAUUGGAUUAUGCAGACCCUGAAAACCUCUUCUGAGCUACCAGGGACAGGUGGUGAUGGAUGGGCUACAUUUCCCACAAACCGGGAAAUGUCUUCUUUGAUGAAAAAGCUUAACCUUGACAUAUCUGGCCACAAAUGAUAUGCUUUUCCUCUCAAGCUGCAACACAAAAACAACCAUCACAUUCAUGGAGUUUUAAAAGCCUCCAUUUGUAUCGUUACUGUCUGUACAAAGACAAAGGUUGCUUUGCAUCUAAAAUGCAAAAAUCAGCCAAUUGUCAGGUAAUGCUGAGAGGAGGGAUGAUGAAAUUAGUUUCUCACUGCAGUCAACACUGAAGUAAAU